AUGAGGCAAUGUAGAUGGUUGGAGCUAGUGAAGGAUUAUGAUUGCGAGAUUCUGUACCACCCAGGAAGGGCAAAUGUAGUGGCGGAUGCUCUAAGUAGGAAGGUAGCCCAUUCAGCAGCCCUUAUCACCAAACAGAGUCGUUUAUGUAAGGACCUUGAGUGGGCUGAGAUAGCAGUGGUGGUAGGGGAAAGGGUCAUUAUUGCUCAACGCAGUGAUCCUUACUUAGUUGAAGUAGCGCAGCACGUGAAGACGAGACAGGGUGGUGAGUUCUUCUUGUCAGCAGAUAAUGGUCUUACUUUUCGAAGACGUUUAUGUGUUCCGGCAGAUAGUGACCUCCAGAAUGAUCUGUUAUGGGAAGCUCAUAACUCCCCAUUUUCAAUACAUCCUGGCAGUAAAGGCCCCAAGACAAAAGCCAACAGAUUUGUUGCAACCUUUGAGCAUACCAGAAUGGAAGUGGGAACAUGUCUCGAUGGACUUCAUUGGAAGUUAACAUAUCCAGUAAGUAGGUGGGCCCAGUUGUAUAUGAAAGAAGUGGUAAGAUUGCAUGGGGUACCAGUGUCCAUUGUGUCUGAUAGGGACCCUCGAUUUACCUCCAGCUUUUGGAAGAGCCUUCAGGUAGCAUUGGGUACACGUUUGGAUUUCAAUACGACUUUUCACCCAAAAACUGACGGUCAAACUGAGCAUUUGAACCAGACCCUGGAGGAUAUGUUACGUGCUUGUGCACUAGAGUUUGCAGGGAGUUGGGACUCUCACCUGCAUUUGAUAGAGUUUUCCUAUAAUAAUAGUUAUCAGAUAACCAUUGGUAUGUCACCGUUUGUGGCCCUUUAUGGGAAGAGUUGUAGGUCACCCGUAUGCUGGGAUGAGGUUGGUGAGCGAAAAUUACUAGGACCUGAGUUAGUACAAACCACGAACGAAGCAAUAUAG